AUGAGCGGCGGCGGCGUUGACAUCAUGGACAGAUUCUGGAGUACCCCUCCAGUCACUCGGACCAUUGUGGUAGCAAUGUUUGUCGAAUCUGCACUGGUCCACUCAGGUCUGGUCUCGGGCAUGCGGAUCGUCUAUCAUACGCCAUGGUUAUUCAAGUUUCCUCCUGAGCUUUGGCGGCUACUUUCCUCCUUCCUCUUGACAGGUGGUGGCUUUUCCUUUGUUUUCGACCUCUAUUUCAUGUACACAUACGCUUUGGGCCUAGAAUUGAACUCUCCUCGAUUUGCCCAACCGGGCGACUUUUUCACCUAUAUCUUUUUUGUGGCAACAGCCAUACUGCUGAAGCGGUUCCUGGAAACGAGGGAGAUUACCCCUGUGGCACAUAAAGCUCCCGUCAUUCGCAAAUCUGUCAAUAGGACUUUAUGCGGCACAGGCAUGGUGGUGGCUCCAUUGAGAAAGCUGUUCGUGAAAAAUCAAUUUGCGUGUGGCGGUUUAGGCUUCCUACAACCCAACAAACCAUCCCUUAAUUUUUAUUUUGUCCCCAAAGCAGAGUACAAUAUUGGUCUGCUGACUUGGGAUCAGGCAUCUGGAGGGCUUAUCCUUGGUGGCCACGUCUUUACUCAAGCCCUCCUUCUCGCGCUCAUCUAUACCUUCGCGCAAGACAACAGGGGCAAGAAGGCACAUUUCAUCAUACUUCAAAUACCCGUCGAGCUGCUCCCAUGGGCUAUGCUCACGCUGACCCUGAUCAUGGGCGGGCCUCAAGCUGCCCUGCAACAAGCCACAGGCGUCUUUGCCGCCCAUCUGUACGACUUUCUGACGAGGCUGUAUCCGACUUUCCAGGGUGGCAGAAAUUACAUACAAACUCCAGCUGCAGUCAAGAGAUAUUUUGGCGCAGAUAGAAGCUCAUUCACUCACAAAGCUUAUGGGACGAGCUUCAGACCUGGGCAACCUGUUCCCCAGCAGCAGAGUCGCGGUUGGACUAGUGGCUUCUCAAACUCUUGGAGUGGCAGGGGCGCCGGCCGGCGGCUGGGUGGCGACUGA